AUGAAUAAUAAUGGCUUUAUUGUGUAUAUUAUUGGUACAACAGCAUCAGGAAAGACAAAUUUAUCCUUGAACUUAGGAAUAGAUAAUUAUGAGAUCAUCUCUUGUGAUUCAAUGUAAAUAUACAAAGAUGCAAAUAUUAUGACUGCAAAAGCUACAGCUGCAGAAUAGAUGUUUAAAAAGCAUCAUGGGAUUGAUUUGAUAGAUUUAGAAUCAGAAGGUUUUAAUCGUAAGCAAUGGAAAAAUAGUAAAAUCUUUUAUAAGCUAAAUUUUAGUGACAAUCUAAAAAAUUGAAUAAUUAUAAUCUAAGGGUAAAAUUCCAGUGUUGGUAGGAGGAACUAAUUAUUAUAUUGAAUCAAUAUUAUUUAAUUAAGAAAAAGAAGAAUAAUAAGUAGUAUAGGCAGCUGAAUUAAAUUUAAAUGGCAAAGAACCAUACGAAUAUUUAAAACAGAUUGAUCCUUUAGCUGCUGAAAAAUUUCAUCCUAAUGAUCAUAGAAGGAUUAAUAAUUCAAUUAAAUAUUAUUUUAAUACAGGCUAAUUACCCUCUGAAUAAUUAGAUCAUCAUUCUGAUUAAUGUUAAUUAAGAAGUAAUAACUUCCUAAUAUUAUGGCCAAAAUGGAAAAAAAAGGAAGAUUUAAAGAUAAAAGUAACUGAACGAAUUCAUCAAAUGCUUCAUUAAGGAGGCACUGAAGAAAUAUUAAAAAUUUUUGAAAGAUUAGAGAAUAAAAAGAAUCAAAUUGGAGGAGUGUUAUAAAGCAUUGGAUAUAGAUAAUUUGAUAAAGUUUAUGAAUAUUAUAAAUAAUCAGGAUUAUAAUUUCCAUAUGUAGAUGAAAAGUUUUAAGAAUUGUUAAAAGAAGGAGCUGAAAAAUUAAUUGAUGAUACAAUGGCAUAUACUAAGAGAUAAAUCUAAUGGAUUAAAAAUAGAAUGCUUUGCAAUUCAAAAAUUGAUAUUAUAGCGAAUAGGUUAUUUUAAUUAGAAUUUGAAUCUGAUUAAACUUUUAAAGAAUAAGUUAUAGUACCAGCAUAAAAAAUUUAUAGUUUGUUUUGUUAAUUAUAUUUAGAAGAAAAAUUAGGACAAGAGAAAUUAAACAUUAAUUUCUAAAAUUUAAAUUUCAUUAGUAUAAUAACUCCUGAGAUGAUAAAAAAAUAUCAAUAAACGUAAAAAUUAAAAUCAAGAACAAAUUGGAAAAAAGAAGUUUGUGAAUUGUGCAAUAAAAUAAUGAAUGGGCCUUUUGAAAUAGAAUAACAUUUUAAAUCCCGUUACCAUAAAAAUAAUGUUUAGAAAAAUGUUUAAUUGCAAAAGAAGAAAUAAAAAAUAGAUUGA